GUGCACCGUCAGCUUCCGAGCCGCUGUCUCUGCAGGGGAAUAUUACAUUGGAUAGAAAAGGGAGGUGAUAAUGCACCAUGGCAGUGGUCCUCAGAAUGUCCAGCAUCAGCUGCAGAGGUCUAGGUCCUUCACUGGGAGUGAAGAGGAGCAGCCAGCUCAUCCCAACUUACCCCCAUCACCUGCAGCGCCUUUUGCUCCAUCAGCCAGCCCAUCUGCACCCCAGUCCCCUGGGUACCAGAUUCAGCAGCUAAUGAGCAGAAGUCCUGUGGCUGGACAAAAUGUGAACAUCACACUACAGAAUGUUGGCCCUGUUGUAGGAGGAAACCAGCAGAUCACACUGGCCCCUCUGCCACUGCCCAACCCCACCUCUCCAGGUUUUCAGUUUGGUGCACAGCAGAGGCGCUUUGAGCAUGGCUCUCCAUCGUAUAUUCAAGUUACUUCUCCUCUGUCGCAGCAGGUCCAGACUCAAAGCCCUACACAGCCUAGUCCUGGGCCAGGGCAGGCCCUGCAGAAUGUUCGUGCAGGUGCCCCAGGUCCUGGGCUGGGCAUCUGCAGCAGCAGCCCCACUGGAGGCUUUGUGGAUGCCAGUGUGCUUGUGAGGCAGAUCAGCUUGAGCCCCUCAAGUGGUGGUCACUUUGUAUUUCAGGAGGCACCAGGCCUGACCCAGAUGGCCCAGGGAGCUCAGGUUCAACUCCAGCAUUCAGGAGCUCCCAUCACUGUCCGAGAACGGAGACUCUCCCAACCUCAUGCACAGUCGGGAGGCACCAUCCAUCAUCUAGGGCCUCAGAGUCCUGCAGCUGCAGGAGGCACCGGAUUGCAACCUCUGGCCAGCCCAAACCACAUCACCACAGCCAGCCUGCCACCCCAGAUCAGCAGCAUUAUUCAGGGCCAGUUGAUACAGCAACAGCAGCAGGUGCUUCAGGGACAGCCACUGAACAGAUCUCUGGGGUUUGAGAGGACACCAGGUGUGCUGCUCCCUGGUGUUGGGGGGCCUUCAGCAUUUGGGAUGACAUCCCCACCACCACCCACCAGCCCGUCCAGAACCACCAUGCCUCCAGGCCUUUCCAGUGUGCCUCUCACAUCUAUGGGAAGCUCAGGAAUGAAGAAGGCUCCCAAGAAAUUAGAGGAGAUCCCUCCAGCCUCCCAGGAGAUGGCACAGAUGAGGAAGCAGUGCCUGGACUACCACUACAAGGAGAUGGAGGCACUUAAGGAAGUCUUCAAGGAGUACCUGAUUGAACUGUUCUUCUUGCAACAUCUUCAGGGGAACAUGAUGGAUUUCUUGGCUUUUAAAAAGAAGCACUAUGCCCCUUUACAAGCAUAUCUUAGGCAGAAUGAUUUGGAUAUUGAAGAGGAGGAGGAGGAGGAAGAGGAGGAGGAAGAGAAAUCUGAAGUUAUCAACGAUGAGGUAAAGGUUGUGACAGGCAAGGAUGGGCAGACUGGGACUCCCGUUGCUAUAGCAACCCAGCUUCCGCCAAAUGUUUCUGCUGCUUUUUCAUCCCAGCAGCAACUGUUUCAGCACCAAGCCCUGACUGGGAGCCUAGUGGUGGGGGCUGGCAGUGCCACAGAAGCCGACCCCUUUAAGAGGCAGCAGGUGAUGCCACCCACAGAGCAGUCUAAGAGACCUCGUCUUGAAGUGGGUCAUCCAGGGGUAGUUUUCCAGCAUCCAGGGGUGAAUGCAGGAGUCCCUCUGCAGCAGUUAAUGCCGACAGUCCAAGGAGGGAUGCCCCCAACUCCUCAGGCUACUCAGCUCACUGGACAAAAACAGAGCCAGCAGCAGUACGACCCUUCCACAGGGCCUCCUGUGCAGAACGCCGCCAGCUUACAUACCCCACCGCCACAGCUCCCCGCGAGGCUGCCCACAGCCAGUGUCCCAGCCACAGCCCUCCCUUCCACCUUACAGUUUUCACAGCAGUCACAGAUGGUGGAAGCUCCAACGCAGCUCCAAAUCCCAGUGAAGACUCAACAGCUGAAUGCCCCCAUUCCUCCCCCCAUGCCCAGCCAGCUUGCUGCUCCUCCUCAACAGCCCGCUCAGCCAGCCCUCCACGUUCCGAUGCCAGGGAAGGCGCAGAUGCAGACCUCUCAGCUUUCUUCCCAGACCCAGACAGUGGCAUCGACCAGGCCCCCCCUGGACUCCACCCAGCCCUGCCAGCGGUCUCUGCCCACUUCCUCUUCUUCCUCAUCCCUUGUAUCCGGGAGUGGCUCAGGCCCUGGACCCUCGCCUGCUCGUUCUUCACCAGUGAACAGACCCUCUUCUGCUACCAGCAAGGCUCUGUCUCCCAUCACUUCCCGGUCUCCAGGGGCAGCAGUGUCAGCUCCCCCCAAGCCACAGAGUCCUGCUCAGAAUGCAGCCUCAUCGCAGGAUGGUUCUCAGGAUAAGCUGGCAGAACAAAUAACACUGGAAAACCAGAUCCAUCAGCGAAUAGCAGAUUUAAGGAAGGAAGGUUUGUGGUCCUUAAGGCGGCUGCCAAAGCUUCAAGAAGCUCCUCGCCCUAAAUCUCAUUGGGAUUAUCUACUGGAAGAGAUGCAGUGGAUGGCCACAGAUUUUGCCCAGGAGCGGAGAUGGAAGUUGGCUGCUGCUAAGAAGCUUGUCAGAACGGUUGCCCGGCAUCAUGAGGAAAAGAAACUUCGUGAGGAAAGAGGGAAGAAGGAAGAGCAGAGCAGACUGAGACGCAUUGCUGCCACCACUGCCCGUGAAAUAGAAUAUUUUUGGUCAAAUAUUGAACAGGUUGUGGAAAUAAAACUACAAGUAGAAUUAGAAGAGAAAAGGAAAAAAGCCUUAAAUUUACAGAAAGUUUCCAAAAGAGGGAAAGAGUCCAGAUUAAAGGGAUUUGAUACAUCACCAGAACACUUCCUAGAUCUAGGACUACCUGGGAGGAAAAGAAAAGCUAGCACAUCUUUGACUGAUGAUGAAGUGGAAGAUGAAGAAGAGACCAUUGAAGAGGAGGAAGCACAUGAAGGGCUUGUAGACCACCACACAGAACUUUCUAAUCUGGCCAAAGAAGCUGAAUUGCCCUUAAUUGAUUUGAUGAAGUUGUAUGAAGGUGCCUUUCUGCCAAAUUUUCAGUGGCCACAGCCUGAGCCUGAUCAUGAAGAGUCAAGUGGGGAAGAGGACGUGGAAGACUGUCCUAGUGACAGGGAGAGCCGCAGGGACUCAGUUCUCAUUGACUCACUCUUCAUCAUGGAUCAGUUUAAAGCUGCAGAGAGAAUGAGCAUUGGAAAAUCCAACACCAAGGACAUCACAGAAGUUACUGCUGUAGCUGAAGCCAUCCUCCCUAAGGGCAGUGCCCGGGUCACAACUGCGGUGAAGUUUAGUGCUCCAUCUUUGCUGUAUGGUACUCUCCGAGACUAUCAGAAGAUAGGCCUUGACUGGUUGGCCAAGCUAUACCGGAAGAAUCUCAAUGGCAUAUUAGCUGAUGAAGCUGGGCUUGGGAAAACUGUGCAGAUCAUUGCUUUCUUUGCUCAUCUUGCAUGUAAUGAAGGUAAUUGGGGCCCUCAUCUUGUUGUCAUGAGGAGUUGUAACAUACUCAAGUGGGAGCUUGAGUUGAAACGCUGGUGUCCUGGCCUCAAAACUCUUUCUUAUGUUGGCAGCCACAGAGAACUCAAAGCAAAGAGACAGGAGUGGACUGAGCCCAACAGCUUCCACAUCUGCAUCACAUCCUAUAAGCAGUUCUUCAGGGGCUACACUGCCUUCUCAAGGGUGCAAUGGAAAUGCCUUGUCAUUGAUGAAAUGCAGCGGGUGAAGGGCAUGACUGAGCGGCAUUGGGAAGCCAUCUUCAAGUUGCAGAGCCAGCAACGCCUGCUUCUGAUUGAUGUGCCUCUGCACAACACUUUCCUGGAGCUCUGGACCAUGGUACACUUUCUCAUUCCUGGGAUCUCCAGGCCUUACCUGAGCUUCCCCCUGAAGGCUCCCAAUGAGGAAAACCAGGAUUACUAUCACAAAAUGGUCAUAAGAUUACACAGGGUCACACAGCCAUUUAUUCUGAGGAGAACCAAGAGAGAUGUGGAGAAACAGCUGACCAGGAAGUAUGAGCAUGUUCUAAAGUGCCGCCUUUCCAGUCGGCAAAAGGCAUUGUAUGAGGAUGUCAUCCUACAGCCUAGGACUCAGGAAGCUCUGAAGAGUGGGCACUUUGUCAGUGUCUUGAGUGUCUUGACGCGGCUACAGCGGAUCUGCAACCAUCCUGGACUGGUAGAGCCACGGGUACCAGGCUCCUCCUAUGCAGCAGGCUCUCUGCAGUAUCGGUCAGCCUCUCUAAUUCUCAGAGUUCUGGAGAGAGAGUUCUGGAAGGAAACUGAUCUUUCUAUAUUUGAUCUCAUUGGGCUUGAAAAUAAAAUCACUCGCCAUGAGGCUGAAUUACUGUGUAAGAAAAAAGUGACUCGGAAACUCAUGGAGGAAGUCUUUGCUUCACCACCUCCGACAGUCCGGCCAGCAGCCAUGAAGCUCAAGGCCAGCAGGUUAUUUCAGCCUGUGCAGUACGGCCAGAAGCCCGAGGGUCGCACCGUGGCAUUCCCCAGCACACAUCCACCUCGGAUGGCAACCACCAAUGCAGCCACUGCUGCCCCACAGGGCCAGGUUCGAGGACGGCCACCGAUUGCUACCUUUUCUGCCAACCCAGAUGCAAAAGCAGCAGCAGCCCCGUUUCAGAACUCUCAGGCUUCCGUCGGUGCGCCUCGACACCAACCCACCUCGACCUCCAGCACAGCAGCAGGCCCAGCCCAUCCUUCGAAACUGCGGGGCGCACCGCCCCAGCGGCUGGGGCUUUCCUGGCAGGCCCAGGCCCGCUUGCCCAGUGGGGAAGUAGUGAAAAUAGCUCAGCUGGCAUCCAUUGCAGGGCCACAGAGCCGUGUUGCCCAGCCAGAGACACCUGUGACACUGCAGUUCCAGGGGAACAAGUUCACCUUGUCACAUAGCCAGCUGCGGCAGCUAACAGCAGGCCAGCCUCUGCAGCUGCAAGGUAGUGUACUCCAGAUCGUGUCAGCCCCUGGGCAGCCCUACCUGCGAGCCCCUGGCCCCGUGGUGAUGCAGACUGUGUCUCAGGCAGGCGCUGUGCAUGGAGCCCUGGGAAGCAAGCCCCCAACCAGUGGCCCUAGCCCCGCACCCUUGACCCCACAAGUUGGUGUUCCAGGUCGAGUAGCAGUGAGCGCUAUGGCUGUUGGAGAAUCUGGACUGGCUUCCAAACCAGCUUCUCCUGCUGCAGGGCCCACCCAGGAGGAAAAAAGCAGACUUUUGAAGGAACGGUUGGAUCAGAUGCAUUUUGUCAAUGACCGGCGCUGUUCCCAAGCUCCAGUGUAUGGCAGAGACUUGCUGAGGAUUUGUUCUCUGCCUGGCAGAAGGAAGAGGCCUUUGUGCUGGUCUUUGGAUAACAACCUGGGGAAGGUUUCCAGAGCAGCAGACUGUUACACGUCAGCCUCAAAAAGUAAAGGAGAUCUGAUUGUGACAUUGAGUCAGCGUCAAGAAUCUCUUCAGGAUGUUCUUGACAGGGUGGCCUGUGUGAUUCCUCCAGUGGUGGCUACACCACCCUCCCUGUGGGUGGCAAGGCCGCCCUCACUGUAUAGCAACCGGUUGCAAGCUCUGAGGCAGUGCCUGAGGGAGCAUACCCGCCCCUUCCAUCGGCAGCUGCAGCAGCUGACAACGCUACGCUCACUGCAGUUCCCAGAGCUGAGGCUGGUACAAUUCGACUCAGGGAAGCUAGAAGCUUUAGCAAUCCUGCUUCAGAAACUGAAAUCUGAAGGACGUCGAGUAUUGAUUUUAUCUCAGAUGGUUCUUAUGCUGGAUAUUUUAGAGAUGUUUUUGAACUUCCAUUAUCUCACCUAUGUACGGAUCGAUGAAAAUGCCAACAGUGAGCAACGGCAGGAGCUGAUGAGGAGUUUCAACAGAGACAGGCGGAUUUUCUGUGCCCUUCUCUCUACCCAUAGCCGUGCCACUGGCAUAAACCUUGUUGAGGCUGACACCGUGGUGUUUUAUGACAAUGACCUAAAUCCUGUUAUGGAUGCCAAAGCCCAGGAGUGGUGUGAUAGAAUUGGAAGGUGCAAGGACAUCCAUAUAUACAGGCUUGUCAGUGGCAACUCUAUUGAAGAGAAAUUGUUGAAAAAUGGAACUAAAGAUUUGAUACGGGAAGUAGCUGCUCAGGGAAAUGACUACUCGAUGGCAUUCUUGACUCAGCGAACUAUCCAGGAGCUGUUUGAAGUUUAUUCGCCCAUGGAUGAUGCCGGCUUUCCUGUGAAAGCUGAAGAAUUCGUGGUGCUUUCUCAGGAACCCUCGGUCAGUGAAACCAUUGCACCCAAGAUUGCAAGACCUUUCAUAGAGGCCCUCAAGAGCAUUGAGUAUUUGGAGGAAGACACACAGAGGUCCACAGAGGAAGCUAUGUCUGGAUCCAGCACUGUAGUCAUGUCUUCAGACUCAGACAGCCCUAGAUAUGAGGAGGAGCCAUCCCAGCUGGAGGAGCUGGCUGACUUUAUGGAACAGCUUACACCAAUUGAAAAAUAUGCAUUGAAUUACUUGGAAUUGUUCCAUACAACCAUUGAACAAGAAAAAGAGAGAAGCAGUGAGGAUUUGGUGAUGGCAUCAGUGAGAGACUGGGAAUCCCGCAAUGCUAGGGCCCUGCAGGAAAGGGAGGCCCAGCUGCAGCUUGAACAGGAAGAGGCAGAGCUUCUCACCUACACUCGGGAGGAUGCCUACAGCAUGGAGUAUGUUUAUGAGGAUGCUGACGGACAGACAGAAGUCAUGCCGCUCUGGACACCACCCACUCCUCCUCAAGAUGACAAUGAUAUCUACAUUGACUCGGUUAUGUGUCUGAUGUAUGAGACUACACCUAUCCCAGAAGCUAAGCUGCCUCCUGUUUAUGUGAGGAAGGAGCGCAAGCGACAUAAAACCGAUCCAUCAGCUGCAGGCAGGAAGAAGAAGCAGCGGCAUGGUGAGGCAGUAGUCCCGCCACGAUCCUUGUUUGACCGGGCGACACCUGGCAUGUUGAAAAUCCGACGUGAAGGCAAGGAGCAGAAGAAGAACCUGCUGCUGAAGCAGCAGACACCCUUCGCCAAGCCUCUUCCUACCUAUGUCAAGACCUCAGGGGAGCCUGCCCAGGACAGUCCCGACUGGCUCAUUGGCGAGGAUUGGGCCCUGCUACAGGCUGUAAAGCAGUUACUUGAACUGCCAUUGAACCUCACGAUUGUGUCACCUGCCCACACUCCUAAUUGGGACCUUGUCAGUGAUGUUGUCAACUCCUGUAGCCGAAUUUACCGGUCUUCCAAGCAGUGCCGGAAUCGUUAUGAAAAUGUCAUCAUUCCCAGAGAGGAGGGGAAGAGUAAGAACAACCGUCCACUCCGCACCAGCCAGAUUUAUGCCCAGGAUGAGAACGCCACUCACACCCAGCUGUACACAAGCCACUUUGACCUGAUGAAAAUGACAGCUGGCAAGAGAAGCCCCCCAAUCAAGCCUCUGCUUGGCAUGAAUCCCUUUCAGAAGAACCCCAAGCAUGCCUCUGUGCUGGCAGAAAGUGGGAUCAACUAUGACAAGCCGUUGCCUCCCAUUCAAGUUGCUUCUCUCCGAGCAGAGCGAAUUGCAAAAGAGAAAAAGGCUUUGGCUGAUCAGCAGAAGGCACAGCAGCCACCAGUGACACAGCCGCCCCCUCAGCAGCAGCAGCAGCAGCAACAGCAACCACCACCACCUCCACAACAGCCACCACCACCACUGCCACAGCCACAGGCAACAGGCAGCCAGCCACCAGCAGGACAGCCUGCUGUCCAGCCCCAGCCCCAGGUCCAGGCCCAGCCACAGCCUGUGCAGGCACAGUCAAAGGGGCAACCUACAAUGACGACUGUAGGCAGUGCUGCUGUGCUGGCAGGAACCAUUAAGACAUCAGUCACUGGAACAAGCAUCCCAACAGGCACUGUGAGUGGAAAUGUGAUUGUGAACACAAUAGCGGGUGUCCCUGCUGCUACCUUCCAGUCCAUUAACAAGCGUCUGGCAUCACCUGUGGCUCCUGGAGCUUUGACUACAUCUGGAGGUUCUGCUCCUGCCCAGGUGGUCCACACCCAGCAACGAGCAGUUGGUUCCCCAGCCACUGCCACCACUGACCUGGUGUCCAUGACAACAACUCAGGGUGUUCGAGCAGUCACUUCUGUGACAGCCUCAGCUGUGGUCACUACCAACCUGACUCCAGUGCAGACCCCAACCCGGUCUUUAGUGACCCAAGUGUCCCAAGCCACAGGAGUCCAGCUACCUGGAAAAACCAUCACUCCUGCUGCCCACUUUCAGCUUCUUAGGCAGCAGCAACAGCAGCAGCAGCAGCAGCAGCAGCAGCAACAGCAGCAGCAGCAGCAGCAGCAGCAACAGCAGCAGCAGACCUCCCAGGUGCAAGUUCCACAGCUCCAGGGCCAGGCCCAGUCCCCUGCACAGAUCAAAGCUGUGGGCAAGUUGGCACCGGAACAUAUCAUCAAGAUGCAGAAACAGAAGAUGCAGCUGCCACCACAGCCCCCAACACCGCAAGCCCAGCAAGGUCCCCCACAGCAACCGGCACAAGUGCAAGUGCAGACCCCACAGCCCCCACAACAGCAACAGAGUCCUCAGCUCACCACAGUCACAGCCCCACGGCCUGGGGCUUUACUCACGGGCACCACCGUGGCCAACCUCCAGGUGGCCCGGCUUACCCGGGUCCCUACUUCUCAGCUGCAGGCACAAGGGCAGAUGCAAACUCAGACGCCCCAACCUGCUCAGGUGGCCUUGGCAAAGCCUCCAGUGGUGUCUGUCCCAGCAGCUGUGGUCUCCUCGCCAGGGGUCACGACCCUGCCUAUGAAUGUUGCAGGGAUCAGCGUGGCAAUUGGACAGCCACAAAAAACAGCAGGGCAAACUGUCGUGGCCCAACCUGUACAUGUUCAACAACUGCUGAAGCUCAAGCAGCAGGCAGUGCAGCAGCAAAAGGCCAUCCAGCCACAAGUUGCCCAGGGCCAGGCUGCUGUCCAGCAGAAGCUAACCACCCAACAGAUCACUGCUCAGGGCCCACAGCAGAAGGUUUCAUAUGCUGCCCAACCAGCCCUUAAAACCCAGUUUCUAACCACACCCAUCUCCCAAGCCCAGAAACUGGCUGGGACUCAGCAGGUGCAGACGCAAAUCCAGGUUGCAAAACUUCCUCAAGUUGUGCAGCAGCAAACACCUGUGGCCAGCAUCCAACAGGUUGCAUCAGCUUCGCAGCAGGCUUCUCCACAGACAGUGACACUCACACAGGCAACAGCAGCAGGACAACAGGUGCAGAUGAUCCCAACCGUGACUGCAACAGCCCAGGUGGUGCAGCAGAAGCUCAUCCAGCAGCAGGUGGUAACCACAGCCUCUGCCUCACUGCAGACCCCUGGUGGUCCAAGCCCAGCACAGCUUCCAGCCAGCUCUGACAGUCCAAGCCAGCAGCCAAAGUUACAGAUGCGAGUGCCUGCUGUGAGGCUGAAGACACCCACCAAGCCUCCGUGCCAGUAGGAAGGAAACUGGUUGGUACUAUGACAAGGCUGUUUUAGCAGAAUGUUGUACUGUUUUUGGACUCUGCUGCCUAGGUUGGCCAAAGUUGCUUGACUUUCUCCUGUGUGUAUGGGACUAGCUGAAAAAGCGACAGUUGCAGUUUUUAAUAUUUGGGGAGUGCCCACAUCAGUCUUUUAAAAGCCCUUUAGAGUUUCUUUCGUAGUGCACACUACUUAGUACGUGGUAGGGGCAGCAUGUCUUACAUCAGGCUCUAGCUCAGACAUGGUCUUUGGUGCCAUUGUCCAGGGAGAUGCACCAUAAGCUUUCAGCAGGAAAGAUGACAGCAGACCAUCAGAGCCUCCCUCUGGUCCUCUUACCCUUUUCAGUAGGUCACAAGAUCUGGCUUGCAUCAUGAACACCCAUCUUGCCCCAGUGAGCAAUGGCUCUCCUUUGACUGACAUCUCUGUAUAGCCAAGUUUGUGUUUUAGAUACACUGUACUGUACUGUGAUCUUUUACAGUAUUCUUGUGGCUCUCAGGUGCUGUACACAUGUAUAUGGCAGGUGAGGCAGCCUGGUGUAGUUGGUACCAAGGUUACUGUUCCCUUACUGUUGUUCUGGUCUAGUCUGGAAAGCUUAGUAUUCUUAGGAAGGCAUCUGUUGUGCCACCCCUCAGCAGCUCUUUAUGGAUUUUAAAUGUCUUGACUAAGCAACAACUGGUAUCCCUGUUGUGCCUGGUAUGGCUGUUGCAGUGACAGGCCUUCAGUUAAAGGAGAGAGUUACAAUGGAGUUAGUCCUAUGUUCACUCUUCUUACCACUGUAAGGUGACUUGUGUGGCAUUCAUGGGCAUAACAGGCUGACGUGCCUUCUUACCUGCCAGAGUGUAAGGUCCAUGUUCCACAUCAGUGCCUGUUUUAUGGCCUGAAGUUACUGUAGCCUUGAAGACAGUUGUUUGUUUGAGUAUUCUUCCCUGUCAUGUCCAUCCCACUUUUUCUGUGCAGUGUGGGCAGGAAUAUGACAAUACAUCCUGAAGCCCACCUAGAACUCACUUUUGAGGUCUUAAUGUGAAACUUGGGGUGAAAGUAGCAAUUAGGUGUUGAAAAACCAGAAGAGGUUUAAUAAUUUCCUGACCUAUAAACCUGUCCUGUAUGUGGUCUUCAAGCAACAAUGUGGUCGUUUUGGCUCGGUGUAUGCUAUCGGGGGAAGAGCCUUUAGAGGUUCCUAGCUCCCAGCAGCAGUUCCCGUUUCCCAUAGUCCUCAGACAGAACUGAGUUCAGUGGGGUCCUCUAUCAACGUCACACUCACCUUUCUCCACCCUUCCCAUUGAAGUAUGUGGCAGCAUACUUCAGUGUGCCCAAGCCAAGUGGUUGGUGGGAGUGAGGGGCAAGGUCUUUAUUUUUGGCAGUUAACUUUCAUUCAUUUUUCAACCAGAUGAGGUUUUUGUGUUUUGUUUUUUUUUUUUUUUAAUGUAAGAAACAGGACUGAAAUUGUAAAUACUUUGUAAACACAAGCAUUUGUACUUGAAUAGGAUUUUAAAAGGACACCGAUGUCCUACCAAGCAAAGGCUAAUAAAAGUGACCUUUCUACAC